CCCUGCAUUGUCAGACAAACAUUUUUGAGAGUGAACAUGAUGUUGUUGGCUUAAACAGGACAGUCUUGUGAAGUCUAUGUUGACGGCAUCAUCAGAUAGCAGCAACAGCUCACUCAACGUCUGUGGAAUAUACAGAACACCAGUCUACAGCAGUUGGAGGCUCUGAGCUGAGGCAGGGAGCGGAGACAGCAGCAGGGAAGAGGAGAAGAGACAAGAGGAGUGGAGGAAGAAGAGACCCACAGCAACGCCAGGCAGCCGGAGAGACCCUGCUCAGUCAUGCGUCCCAGGUCCAGAUUACUGGCUAAACGUGGCCUUCCCACCAUCAGGGAGGGCUAUGAGGAGCUGGUGCAAGACCUGAACCAGACCAACAGCCAGCACACAACCACGCAGGACUACUUCCUCUCCAUCUGUCAUCUGGCCCGGCCCACCUUCCCUCUGCAUGAGCCCGACUGUGACAUCCUUUCCAUCGGGCCUUUGGAUUCCCCGAAGCCAUGCCUACGACUGCACCGCCUGCGCCAGCAUCUACAGCCUCCGCAGCCCCACACCUCCACAAGCAGCGACCAGACCAUCGAACAUGCCCAUAAAGAGAAAGAUACCACCAGAUCUGUUCCGUCGGAACCUCUGCAGGCCCAGGCCACCCCAGAGGAAGACAACGGAUGCAGAGGUGACAUCCCAGGCCCGGCAGAUCCAUUGGAGUACCUCUACAGCCACAGAGGUGCGCUAGCACUUUCCACCAGAAGGGGCAGCGUUCCUCCACGCCGGCCUCGCAGCGACACCUUCCCAUGCUGUUCCUCGGCGCCUGAUUCUCAGCGGAAAAGCAGCUGCCCAGAGCUUUGCCUGCCGGAGACGGUCCCUGUGGCUACGGUCCUGCAGCGGUCGCCGCUCAGCAGGAAGAAGCUGGAUGAAGGCAGUCUGGCAUCACGCAGUGGCGUUCCCAACAAGCUCGACGGCGCCCCUGCUGGUUGGAGAGGAAAGAGCAGCCGUUGCAUGGACAAACAGACCAUAGUGUCCCACUGGAUCUCAGAGUGCCGCAGCGCAUGGAAAGAAGCCCGCAUUCGCGCAUGCAUGCUGCCCGCAAUUGCAGAGAAGUAGUCUACACCUGAGAAAAUCUCUUUCCGGGUGAGGUUGAAUAUCACGUAGAGUAACGUGGAUUAUUGUGGAAUUAUUACUUUGCACUUCAGGUUUAUAUGCAUAUACAUUUUUGAUGUAUUUUUAAACUUGUAACCCUAUAGAUGGUGUCGCGUUGAUACCACACCAUAGUGUAGAGUUACGAUGAAUGUCAAUGAUGACUGAGUCAGUCCAGUAAUGUCCAGUCGUGAUCAAUAAAUGAAUUGAUUGUUGGAUGCCUUUAACAUUGUUUGGUGAGAUUUAAAAAAGGAAAAAGUAUCAUCAAAAUUGCAGUUCUAAUAUAUGAAACUAAAUGUAGUUUAAAGGAAACAACAAUCCAUAAUUUUCACAGAUAAGAAUCUCACUGUGUCCACAACUAUAUUGGGCUGGAAAGCCACAGGUUUUAGCUAAAUUGCAUAUUAGGCAGCUACUGUGAUGCAGAAUGAACAUGCCAUGCUUCCUUUAAAUAUUAUCAAACAUUUCAUGACAUUUCCAAGAUUUUUUUUUUUUUUUAUGAAAUAGAUUGAUCAAACAAUAUGACUAGGAUUAAAGUGUAUUUCCACCAUGGAUAUGUUCAAAGAUAUUUUAUCAAAUGGUUAUUUCUAUAUAAUGUGCUUCUUUGUUCACUGGUAUUUCGCAACAAAAUGGCUAAGCUGUAAUAACUCACUGCCACCCUCCAACAACAAAGACAAAAUGAGUCAUGUUGAAAAUGGCUAUCAUGUUUGUUUUCAGGCCCUUGUGUUGCAGUUUAAAAAAAAUGGAGCAUGCUGUAACAGCUUGCAAGCACAAAUAUCAGCUUUGAACUAGAUAGUCCGGUUGGAGGGUAAAUGAUUAAAUAUCCAGGUUAGGAAUCACCUUUGUUUAACAACAGACCAUACGAUGAAAAAUAAGUCCUACAUCUUUUUGAUAUUCAGAACAACGGGCAAAAAGCUAAUGUAGAACUGCACUGUUAUCAUGUUAGACUGUUUGUACACACCCAGAAAAUCCCUUUUUUUUUUGCUUUGAUUUGGUGUUUCAGUAUUCUGAGAUUAUCUAACUAUUAAAAAAUUAAUUAGUAUGGUUGCAUGUCAAUUUGUAAAUUAUUUUGUAUUUAUGCAUAUGAAAUUUCUUUAAAUUACUAUGGAUGUAAUAAUUUAAGAGAAAAUGUAUAUUACACUAUAUGAAAAAAAGGAAAAAUCCGUUGUUUGUACAUUUUCAGCAACCUUGUAAUUUUUUUUCACUUUUUUAAAUUAAUAAAAUGUCUGUGUUUUA